GAAUCCUGUAACAAAGAUCUUAUGUAUCAUCUCUUUAAUGUCUAGCUCUAGAUGGAACCAAUAUAUAAAGAAAAAAUAUGAAAAUCCUAAUCUUUGGUGUUUUGAGAUUUGGUUGUGGACAUCAUGGGAAAGCCUGCAAGGUGGUUAAAAAGUGUAUUACUUGGAAAGAAACCAUCUAAAUCUAGUGGUUCUAAAGAGAAAGAGAGAAUUGUGAAUGGAAAAGAAGUAGUGGUUAUUUCAAAGAUUGAAGAAUCCGAUGUUGUUUCAGAUCUUCCAUCCAUUGGAAAUGCAGCAGUUUACACCAGUGGAAUGGUAGAGACACAGAAUCUAGAACAUGAAGAUGUUUCAGACAACGAGAUACAAGUUUCUGAAGUUCAACCAACAGAUUCUCAAGAUGCUGCUUCUGUUCCUGAUGAUUCGCUAUCCGAAUCAGAGAAAAUUCAACAAGAGAUUGCAGCAGUUACCGUGCAGGCUGCGUAUAGAGGCUACUUGGCUCGACGUGCUUUCAAGAUAUUGAAAGGUAUAAUAAGGCUACAAGCACUUAUCCGUGGUCAUAUGGUUAGGAGGCAAGCUGUUUCGACUCUGUGCUGUGUUAUGGGAAUUGUCAGAUUGCAAGCACUUGCUCGAGGAAGAGAGAUCAGACAUUCUGACAUUGGAGUUGAAGUUCAGAGGAAAUGCCGGUUGUAUCAUCAGCCUUUAGAGAAUAAAGCAAACUCUGUUGUUGAUACACAUACUUACCUGGGAAUCAAGAAGCUAACAGCAAAUGCUUUUGCUCAGAAGCUUCUAGCUUCAUCGCCAAACGUGAUGCCGUUGUCCCUUGACAAUGAUUCUUCCAAUUCAAUCUGGUUAGAGAACUGGUCAGCUUCUUGCUUCUGGAAACCAGUUCCUCAGCCAAAGAAAGUAUCAGUCAGAAAAACUCAGAAGAAGUUUGCCAGUAAUUCUCAGAUAGUCGAGGCUGAGUUUGCUAGACCAAAGAAGAGCGUUCGCAAAGUCCCUACUUCAAAUCUCGAUAAUUCCUCGGUGGCACAGGCAUCAUUUGAGUUUGAGAAACCCAAACGCAGCUUCCGCAAGGUUUCAACAAGCCAAUCUGUAGAACCUCUACCGGCUAUGGACAAUUCUCAAGUUGAUCUAGAAAAAGUGAAACGCGGCUUGAGGAAAGUACAUAAUCCCGUAGUUGAGAACUCUAUCCAACCUCAAGUGGUUCCACAGAUUGCAGUUGAAAAGCCAAAUGCUGGUUUAGAAGAAUCUGCGAAUGCCUUUGAUGGAGAGAAAGAAGAUGAAGUGGCUGAGACAGUGGUGGAACAACCUGAGGAGUUGAUACAAACUCAUAAACCAUUGGGAAACAAUGAAGCACUUGAUUCCACUUUGGUCAACCAAAUCGAAGAGAGUGAAGAAACUGUAAUGGCUGAGGAAAAGGAGGAUUUAAAAGAAGAGAGAACUCCCAAACAAAACCAUAAGGAAAAUUCAGCUGGCAAGGAGAAUCAGAAAUCCGGGAAAAAGGCUUCUUCGGUUACCACUACUCAAACAGCCGAGUGUCAAGAGAGUGGUAAUGGUAAUCAGACUAGUAGCGCGGGAAUACCGAGCUAUAUGCAGGCGACUAAAUCCGCUAAAGCAAAGCUGAGGCUACAAGGCUCUUCUUCACCUAGGCAACUAGGGACUACUGAGAAAGCCAGUAGACGUUACUCUCUACCAUCAUCAGGUAAUAGUGCAAGAGUCACUUCUCAUUCUCCUAAAACAAGAGUCUCACACUCGGGUGGCAAAAACGGGAAUAAGACAGAGAAACCUCUUCUUUCGUCCCGAGAAGGAAACGGGAAGACAACUCCGGUGGAGUGGAAGAGAUGACUGAUCAUCUAGUAAAGAAAAAGCUGAGCUCUUUUGAGUGUCAGUAACUCUAUGUUCUUUCAGUACUCUGUUUUAUGAAGAAGGUUAAUAAUAUUUGUCUCUUAAUCCUUCAUGGGAUUAAGUUUACAUUUUAUAUCAUUGUUCUUUAAAACAUGUCAUGCAUUAUAUAUUUGUUUGAUACAUCAUUAUAUGAAUAUACAAGACUUCAUUUGUUCUUUGUGUGAUUCUCUCUGUUUCGGAUUGAAUUGGUUCUGAUUAAUCAGAUUAUUACCAGUAUAAUGUAUAAACAUCAAGCAUAGAU